AUGUCACAUACCAGACCGAUUGUCAUCUCCGGCCCCUCAGGCGUCGGCAAGGGCUCCCUUAUCGAGAAACUCUUCUCCUCUCACCCCAACACCUUCGCCUUCACAGUCUCUCACACAACCCGCAAACCCCGCGCCGGUGAAGUCGACGGAACAAACUACUUCUUCGUUGAGCACUCCGAAUUCGACUCCCUGAUCUCUGAGGGAACCUUCGUCGAGCAUGCGGUCUUCGGCUCAAACAAGUAUGGCACCAGCCACAGGACCAUCAAGGACCAGAUGGCGAAGGGACUGGUCGUUGUGCUUGAUAUUGAGAUGAACGGCGUGAAGCAGAUGAAAGAAAAUCCGAGUAUUGACCCGCGUUAUGUCUUUAUCCAGCCGCCUAGCAUUGAGAUUCUGGAGCAGCGGUUGAGAGGCCGCGGGACUGAGAGUGAUGAGGAUGUGCAGAAGAGACUUGCGCAGGCUACUGCUGAGCUCGAGUAUGCGAAUUCCCAGCGCGGACAGGAUAAGAUUAUUGUUAAUGAUGAUCUGGAGGUUGCUUAUAAGGAGUUGGAGGCGUUUAUCUUCCAGCAAUAG